AUGAGUGCAGUGAAGUGUAGAGGUGCGUGCGUGGUGGUGGCGUGGUUGUUGGCGGCUUCGCUGGUCUCCGCGCAGAUUACCUUCAGCCGGGACUGGUCCGGAGGGAAGCGGGCCGCGCCACACCUUGCCCUCGACUGUGGCCAGUUCACUAGACUCUGCAAGCAUUUUGUACACGAGUUAAAGCAGACCUUGACAUCAGAAAUGGCCAGCAAGCGCCACCAGGAUUUCGACAAGCCCCCCCUUUACGACGAUGAAUAA